AAAAGCUUAUUUUGACGUUGUAAAAAAUUUAUAGCGCGCGUUGGAGUUGGCCACUUGUGGUCGUGCACUCCUGCUCUGCCACAGCCCGCAGGAUAAGAAGCAUGCGCGCUAAGCUCCCCGUGGUCAUCGCCGGUGCCUCUGCGCCGCCGCGCCCCUUCUCCCCCUGGCGCCGCCGCGAGCUACCCAUCCGGCUGGCCUCGUCCAAACCUCCCCGUGCCCUGCAGAACAGCGAGGGAGGCAGUAGGCCCCUGGGGCGCGCCUGGCCGGCCGUCUCCGCUGCCCUCUUCGGCGCGGGGUUCCUCCUCGGGCCGCUCCUGGACGGCAUCCACUCCCGCGUCGGCCUCCAGGUCUACGGAAACGGCGCCCUCGACUUGGGCCCCCUCCACACCCACAUCCUGGUGCCGCCCCUUCUCGGAGCGUUCUACUGCACCGUGGGGCUGCUCCAGCUCUUCCUGGACGAGAGGGCGGCCCCCGGCCCCAGGUCCAAGGCCACCGGGAGACCGCGCGACACGGCGACGUCGCUCAUAGUCCUCGCCCUGUUCAUCGAGCUGAGCGCGGAGAUGUACAUGGCCGGGGUGCAGAGCAACGUGGAGGCGUACGUGCUGUUCGCCGUGGCGGAGUUCGUGUGGCUCUUCCUCGACAGCUCCUGGCUCGGCUUCGCCCUGGCCUGCCUCGUGGGAGUCGCCUGCCCUCUCGCCGAGGUCCCGCUCGUCAGAUUGCUGGAGUGCUGGAGCUAUCCCAAUGCCGACAUCCAACUGUUUGGCACCGGGCUGAUGAGCUGGACGACGACGUGCUACUUCGUGUACACGCCUUUCCUGGUGAAUCUGGCGAGAUUGCUCAAGUCAAGGCUGGCGGACGAUGACACGGAGGGAAAGGAAGAAUGAAGCAGCUCGCCUCCUGUGAGCCAGCGCAUCAAAUUUGUACAGCAAAAUCAUGCAAAAAGUGCUAGUACAAGAAACAUAGGUUUCAUAUCCUUCCCUCAGCAGUACUACCGCAUCAAUGUAACUAAGACGGCCAGAUUUCAUCCAACAUUGCUUUUUCAAAAGGGGAGUGGCGCCGGCCGAGUUUGGGCCGACCGCACGCGGACCGCAGGAUUCACCAA